GGGCGAUGGAUGUGGCAUUGGAGCAAGUAUUUAAGCCAGCAUAGCUCACUAGAUAUUUAACAAGAAUUUCUCUUGUACUGUAGGCGAUUCCAUAGUCCACGUAAUCAGUCCAGACACACCUCACGAUGCGGUACCUCCUCUACAGCCUCCUGCUGGCCGCUCCCAGCCUUGCUGCCGACCUGUAUGUCUCGCCGUCCGGGUCCGACGACGCAUCAGGGGACAUCGACUCGCCGCUGAAGUCCAUUCAAGCUGCAGUCGAUGCAGCGACUGCCGGCACGACCAUCUACCUGCGCAAGGGCACCUAUUCGCCCUCGUCCAACAUCCAGAUCGGCAAGAGCGGUUCUCCGGGAUCGGCAUAUGUCGUGCGUGCCUACGAGGGCGAGAAAGUCAUCAUCGACGGGGAGGACCUCCCGGGCACCCCUGCGGAAGUCGGCGGCUCCCUGGCCAACAAGGAUCGAGGCAUCUUCCACAUCCAGGAUGCCGAGUACUGGGAGUUUUACGACCUCGAGUUCAUCAACGGCCCCUACGGCGUGUAUGCCAGAGACGCGUCGAACAACCACUACGAGCGCAUCAUCACCCGCGAGAACUAUGAGACUGGCUUCCAGCUGGAGGGCGCCUCCGCUAACAACACCGUCCUGUACCUCGAUUCGUAUCUGAACCGCGAUCCUCGCAAGAACGGCGAGAGCGCCGACGGGUUCGCCUGCAAGGAGGGCGAGGGCGAGGGCAACGUGCUGCGCGGCGCCCGACUCUGGAACAACGUCGACGACGGACUGGAUCUGUGGGAAUUCAAAUCCGGCGUAACCAUCGAGGAUACCAUUUCUUGGGGCAACGGGUAUAACAGAUGGGACUUCGAGCCCUUCGAGGGCGACGGCAACGGCUUCAAGCUGGGCGGCGGCGACGAGGCCGACAAGGCGCCGGCCAACCACGUCGUCACCAACUGCAUCGCCUUUGGCAACUCGCACGACGGAUUCACCGACAACUCGCAGCCCGGCGACUUCACCAUCAAGCGCAACACCGCCUGGAACAAUGCCGCCGUGGGCUUCCGCUCGCGCACCGCCGUGUCCACGCUGACGGGCAACAUCGCCGCCGCCAACGGUGACAAUCCCACGUCGCUGAACGACAACCAGGUGUCCGAGGGGAACUCGUGGGACGGCAGUGGUAGCUGGGGUAACGGCAGCUUCGUCAGUGUCGACGUGAGUCUGGUGCAGGGGGAUCGGAAGGCCGACGGGACCAUUGAGGCUAGUGAUUUCCUGCUGCCGGAGUCGGGAGAGGAGCUGGGGGCCACGACGGAUUGGUCGGCGUGA